ACAUAUCUAGCUUCGAUACAUCAAUAUGGCUGUUCUUGCGCCGAAGCCUCGCUCUUGCGUGAUGAUCGCCCUUCUACUGGCGAUGGUUUCAGUAUCGAAAGCGGUAUUUGAUGCCCAUUACUAUGACCGGACAUGUCCGCAAGCUGAGAAAAUCAUAUUGCAGACGGUCCAAAAUGCCACGAGGCACGACCCCAAAGUCCCUGCUCGCCUCCUUAGGAUGUUCUUCCAUGACUGUUUCAUUCGGGGAUGCGAUGCAUCGUUGUUGCUCGACUCUACUCCUGGAAACAAAGCAGAGAAAGAUGGUCCUCCUAAUAUCUCAGUUCGAGCAUUCUAUGUGAUCGAUGAUGCCAAAGCAAGGCUUGAAACGGCAUGUCCACAUACAGUCUCUUGUGCUGAUAUCGUCGCCGUUGCAGCUAGAGAUGUAGUCACCAUGGCUGGAGGGCCAUAUUGGAACGUGCCAAAAGGCAGAAAAGAUGGAAGAGUAUCAAAUGCUUCAGAAACGGUCAACUUGCCAGCACCAACAUUCAACGUGACCCAACUCCUUCAAAGCUUUGCCAAAAGAGGCUUAGGCCUCAAGGACUUGGUUGCACUAUCUGGUGGUCACACUCUUGGCUUCUCUCACUGUUCCUCUUUUGAAGCCCGGCUUCGUAACUUCAGUCUGAUUCAUGAUGUUGAUCCGACCUUGAACCGUGCCUUUGCACAACAGCUGAAGAAUAAAUGCCCUAAGCCAAACGGGGAUCGAAAUGCAGGACAGUUUCUGGAUGCCACAUCGCUAACCUUCGACAACGUUUACUACAGAAGACUUGUGGCGGGUGAAGGUGUGUUUGGGUCAGAUCAAGCACUGUACAGUGAUUACAGGACAAGGUGGAUGGUCGAUUCGUUUGCCAAAGAUCAAAGUCUGUUUUUCAGGGAGUUUGCUGCUUCUAUGGUAAGACUUGGGAAUGUUGGAGUGCUACAUAAUGGAGAAGUGAGAGUAAACUGCAGAACGGUAAACUGAGAGAGAGAGUG